AUGUCACAGAAAUUGCUACCUUUUUACCACCAGGGCAGCAUUGGAGCUGCUGAAUUGGACAAAGUUGCUGGCUCGGGUGUUGGCAAUGGUACUGAAAAUAGUACUGGAAAUGGUUCAAGCAAAGAAAAUGGUUCAGGCUCGGGGGACCGCGGACCAGAUUCUGCUUUCCGGGUGAAGGAUUCUCAUAGCCAGACAUCGUCGUCGCGACAGAGAGUCCAUGAAUUGCCAUUAUCAUUAGAUCCGUCGUUAUCGUUUACACGCAAACGCGAUUGCCCGACUUCUGAAUCGUUAAUAGACGGUCAGAAUAAGAGAUUUCACGAAUUCACAGAUGGCCAGGGCCCGGCUUCCGAGAUUUGGGAGGUUCGCAGCUCGCCUCCUCUGCCGCCUGGUCUGGAUACUGAUGAAGACGAUAUUGAUACGAGUUUCGAGUUGACUCAGAAAACUGCUGAUGAUAUGCAGACCAGCGAGGAUAUCCCAUAUCAACCCAGGAAAAAGAGAUUCUUCGGUGUCGGUUCAACAUCCGGUUCUGUUGCUAGUGUCGAUCUCGCCUCGUCUCCUGGACCCGCAUCUCCCUCAGUAUAUGCUCCCGAUAGUAAUACGUCGGAUUCAUCUGUUUUCACUUCUUUAUCUGGUUUAACUGCGUCAUCUGCUAAUGGUCCUUCAAUAACUUCUGUAUCUGGACCGUUUGCUCGUACGUUUGUAAACUCAUUGGCAUCCGCAGCAGCAGCAGCUGGUUCUGGUUCUGGCUCGGUAUCACGAUCCGCAUAUCCACCUGUAGACAGUGGACGUUUGGGAACGUCGAAUUCCCGUUCUGCUAGUUGUGUCACUUUUGUGGGCACAUCAUCGUUCAACGGAGGAACUGGAACUCCUACUACGCCACCCGUGUCAAAAUCAUCUUUUACCUCACCUACAUUGGCAUCUCCAUUCUCAUCACUGGCUAGUCCCAUUAAACGUCAUAAAUCAUAUACUCGAGCAGGAAGUUUCACCAGCAUAGCUGACGGGCAUUUCGUCAAAGCCCAAGAAAUCAUCGCCAACGCCAUCGACGAGGGGGCUUCUAAAAUAGUUCUUAGUAACAUGGAUCUAACAGAAGUACCCGUGGAAAUUGGCGAUCUUCAGAACCUGGUUCUCUUAAACUCGGACUCGUCCUCUGGUGAUCCUGAUUUCCAUAUAUUCUUAAAUGGAAAUAAUAUCAAAACACUCCCCAGUGCGCUGUUUAACAUCUCCAACAUCACAGUUUUGUCAUUGCGAGCCAACCAACUCGCACAACUUCCUCCAUCCAUUGGCCGACUCAAACGGCUCGUCAACCUCUCCAUCGCUCAAAACAACCUCACUUAUCUACCAAUUGAGCUGCUUGAACUUGACCAUCUCGAUAUAUUCACCUUCAACGCCAAUCAGUUUCUUCAACCGCCAGCAUCCACCGUUCCAAGACGACCACCUACCGUCUCCGCUAAUACCUCCUCCGACCCCACCACAGCCAGCACCAGCAGCUAUCCACCAAUUCUGACUGCUACUUCUACAGCUCACAUUUCAUUUGCAUUAAAAGCCACCCGCCAAACACAGUCUCUGAGCGAGCUGUGUCUCGUGCAGGUCGCCCACCAUGUAAUCUCUGAGCGCGAAAUCAAUUUGUGGGACCUGGACCCCGGUAUCAAAAAGCUCGUAUCACAAGGAGUCGACAGCCGAGAUAGCGGCGUGACCUGUGGUAUUUGUAAACGCCGAAUGGUCCACGGCAUCGGCUACGUCCUCGAGUGGUGGGCCAACUUCAAAGGUGUCCAAGACCACCUCCCAUUCCGACGGGAUCUGUGCUCCUUCCGGUGCUACGACAAGUGGUCUGCCACUCACCUGGUUUGA